AUGAGCGCACAAGACAAGACAAACGCUUCUGUAAAGCCUCGCUUUGAUUACAAGACGGUGAUUGGUGUGAAUGGACCGCUCGUGAUUCUGGACAAUGUAAAGUUCCCAAAGUUUGCCGAAAUCGUGAACUUGACUCUGGGAAACGGUGAAAAGCGUAGAGGACAAGUUUUGGAAAUUGUUGGUAAUAAAGCAGUCGUACAAGUCUUUGAAGGAACAUCCAGCGUUGAUGCAAAGAACACUCGAGUUGAAUUCACUGGUGAUGUUUUGAAGAUGCCAGUUUCAGAGGACAUGUUGGGAAGAAUCUUCAACGGAUCAGGUAAACCUAUUGAUGAUGGUCCAGCUGUAUUGGCCGAAGACUUUUUGGAUAUCCAAGGUCAACCUAUCAACCCUUUCGCACGUCUCUAUCCACAAGAAAUGAUUCAAACAGGUAUCUCCGCUAUUGAUACCAUGUGUAGUAUUGCUCGUGGUCAAAAGAUUCCAAUUUUCAGUGGUUCCGGUCUUCCACACAACGAAAUUGCUGCUCAAAUUUGUAGACAAGCCGGUCUUGUUGGUAAGAAGGAAAACUUUGCCAUCGUCUUUGCUGCUAUGGGUGUUAACCAAGAAACUGCUCGUUUCUUCAAGAGAGACUUUGAGGAGAACGGUUCUAUGGAGAAUGUUACCUUGUUCUUGAACUUGGCCAAUGACCCAACCAUUGAAAGAAUUAUUACACCACGUUUGGCCCUCACAACAGCCGAGUACUUGGCUUAUGAAUGCGGAUAUCACGUUCUUGUUAUUUUAACAGAUAUGAGUUCGUAUGCUGAUGCUCUCAGAGAAGUGUCUGCUGCCAGAGAAGAAGUGCCAGGUAGAAGAGGUUAUCCUGGUUAUAUGUAUACUGACUUGAGUACAAUUUACGAAAGAGCUGGACGUGUCGUCGGAAAGCCUGGUUCCAUCACACAAAUUCCAAUUUUGACAAUGCCUAAUGACGAUAUUACUCACCCUAUUCCUGAUUUGACUGGUUAUAUUACAGAAGGUCAAAUUUACGUAGAUCGUCAAUUACACAACAGACAAAUUUAUCCACCAAUUAACGUUUUGCCAAGUUUGAGUCGUUUGAUGAAGAAUGCUAUUGGUGAAGGUUUCACUAGAGAUGACCAUGGCAGUAUCAGCAACCAAUUGUAUGCUGCAUAUGCCAUUGGUAAGGACGUGUUGUCCAUGAAGGCAGUCGUCGGUGAGGAAGCCCUUUCUGCUGAAGAUCACUUGUACCUCGAAUUUUUGGAGAAGUAUGAAAAACAAUUUUUGUCUCAAGGUUUCUAUGAAUCAAGAACCAUUUUCGAUUCAUUGGACAAGGCAUGGGAACUUGCAAGAAUUUUCCCUAAAGAACUGCUGACCCGUGUUCCUGAGAAGAUAAAAGACAAGUAUUUCAAUCGUAUGAAUCCAGAACAACAACAAGAGAACAAGUAA